AUGCCCAUCUCAUCAGACGCCGGCAUGGCAAUUCUCAUAGGCUCUAGAGCACAUCUCAUCGAAUUUCCAUCUAUCCUACUCCCCGACGGCGUCACAGUUGGGUCAAUAGUCAACAUCAACGUCCAGCGUAAUGUCGCAGAGGAGGAACAUCAAAAAUCGUCCUUUUGGAAACUUCAAAACGAUAUUUAUAUGAUGUAUGGCAUCAAAACUCCCGUUACACCAAUACUCAAGCUGAGAAACGUUACACAAACCUCGGUCACACUCGAGUGGCCACCGCUACAACUAGCGACGGCUUCGCUGCGGUCGCUGGAUCUUUAUCGUUCCGGACAACGUCUUGCUACUAUUCCGAACCCGACAGGGAACACAAGUACCAAAGUAUCAGGCCUCCAAAUGGCAUCGCCAUACACAUUCCAACUAAUCCUGCGCACAUCGGCUGGAACAUAUCCUUCCAAUGUCGUCGAGGUCAAAACACACACAAUAGAGGACACGAGCGGUAUCAGUGUCUGCUUUGGAACGAUCUUGGACAGCGACGUUGGAGAGAGCGCCGCUGGACGAAAAGAGGAACUCAAACGUGCCCUCACUGCCAUGGGAGCCAAAUACAGCGAGACGAUUCAGAUCGACACCACCCAUUUCGUCUGCACGACCUCGUUAUCCCUUUCUUCUAUCGCCAAGGGUGGAGGUCCAAAAACAGCUGCAGUGACAGAGGAGCCCGGCGUCGAGUACCAAAAGGCUGUUCAACUUAGCAUUCCCAUCGUGCAACCAGACUGGGUACUUGCGUGCUACUAUGGUAAAAAAAUGGUGCCUACAGCACCUUACUAUCUCGGCAGCUCCGUGCCGCCGCUUUUGCAAGGCCACAACCGCGUGCAAUCUAUCUCUCGACAGAACCAACCACUACCACCUUCGUCACCUCCAAGCAUGACCUCUGCCUCGAGUUCACAAGCCAAGCGUCCCGCAGCCAGUACAUCAAAUUCACGUUCGAGCGUCUCCGGAGGACCAUCUAAUAGGGCGAGCACAAGCACGCCACCAGUUGGGACUAAAACCAAGGGCAAAGAAGCCUUUAUCCAUCGCGAAGGAGGGGACGAAUCAGUACCCAACUCUGCAUCGCCAACAAUCCCUGCUCGCAGCUCUACAUCCUCGAACAAGCCGCAACCUGUCCCCGAACCAUCCUUGCCGUCUGUCGAUGGGGAUGAAGAAGACGAAGAAGAACCGACGACUCCGUCUGGAAAGAAUCGAACGAGGACGGGGACAAUGAACAAGGCGUUCAAGUUUCCACCCGAAGGCGGGAAGAAUAGUGGAAACCUGAGAAUCAGCCCUCCACCACCUGUCCCGCCUGUCCCGCCUAUCAUUGUUGUACAUGCUGCUCAGGACAGCAUCGUUGAGCCACCGAAACCGGCACCCACACCCUCGACUGCGCGCGUGAUGCCGGAGCCACCGACACCUGAUGUUGCGAAUCCGCCAAAUGUGGAUAUGAACCGGAGAGAUAGUGAAACGGAUGGAGGAGAGAUUGUCGAGAUUGAUUUAUCGUAA